UACUGUUCAGAGAUGAUGGGUUUCAGCUGCCAACACCGUUCCAUCUCCCUGCACAUCUUCCUCAUCUCUGUUGUCCUCCUGCUCAACGCUCCGGCGGGUCGUUGCGGCAGCUACAAGCGCAUCUUCAGCUUCGGGGACUCCCUCAUCGACACCGGCAACUACGCGCGUAGCGGCCCGAUAAUGGAGUACCCAUAUGGCAUGACCUACUUCCACCACCCCACCGGUCGCAUCAGCGACGGCCGCGUCGUCAUCGAUUUCUACGCUCAAGCGUUCCAGCUGCCACUGAUACCACCAAAUCUGCCGCAGAAGGACACAGGCCUGUUCCCGACUGGCGCUAACUUCGCUGUGUCUGGCUCUAUGGCAAUGCCCCCGGAGUACUUUCGUAGGUGGAACCACGAUGUAAGCUGGGCCUGUUGCCUGGGCGUGCAGAUGGGAUGGUUCAAAGAAAUGAUGCAACGAAUUGCUCCCUGGGAUGACGCCAAGAGGCAGAUCCUGAGCGAGUCUCUCAUCGUGCUGGGCGAGAUCGGCGGCAACGACUACAACUUUUGGUUCGCCGCCCGUAGGCCUCGCGAGCAAGCCAACCAGUUCAUCCCAGACAUCGUCGCGACCAUUGGCUCUACUGCCAGGGAGCUCAUCGGUAUGGGCGCGAAGGCGAUCAUGAUCCCGAACAACUUCCCCAUCGGGUGCGUGCCGGCAUACCUGAGCGGGUACAAGAGCAACAACCGCGCGGACUACGACGAGCACGGGUGCCUCCGGUGGUUCAACGACUUCUCCCAGAGGCAUAACCAGGCGCUGCGCGGCGAGGUCGGCCGGCUUAGGGCGCAGCACCCCAACGUGAAGCUCAUCUACGCCGACUACUAUGGUGCCGCCAUGGAGUUCAUCAAGGACCCGCACAAAUUUGGCAUCGGUGACCCCAUGGCGGCGUGCUGCGGUGGCGACGACCAGCCGUACCACGUCAGCAGACCGUGUAACAGAAUGGCCAAGCUCUGGGGCAACCCGAGCAGCUUCGCCAGCUGGGACGGCAUGCACAUGACGGAGAAGGCGUACGAUGUCAUCUCCCAUGGAGUGCUCAACGGGCCGUUCGCCGACCCACCAUUGCUUUGGUGUUAACGGUGAAAUAGGAUUAUUGUUGGUUUGUUGUCUCACAAGAGAGCUUAAAGCACCUCCAAGAGUGUUUUUUAAAAACUU